GGAUACCGGGUUUGAAGCGGUGUUUGCACCGCAAGCGCAGCUUUUAUUUAGGCUGCCGGUUUGUGAGGGUUGGCUCGGAGAGCGCUGAUGGCGAUUGUAGUGGAACUUCACCUUCACCUGCCCAUGCGCCCCGCAGCGCGCCCGCUCCCACGCCCGCGUAGCUGAGGACCUGGACUCGCCAAGAAAGGCUGGUGAGGCUGGGGCCCGAGCGGGCCGGGCCGGGUCAGGGGAGGGGCCUGGCGGCAGGGGCGGGGCCUCAGCUAAAGGCGCGGAGCACCGGGCGCCGAGAGCGCGGAGUAGAGCGGCGCCCGCUCGAGAGAAGUGGGGCCGAGAUCGCGCCGUCCCAGCCCGCCCGCCGGCGUCCGAGCUGCUCCCGCGCCCUUACCCCUGCGGGCCCUUGCAGGGCGAGACCGGCGGCCAUGCAGCCCCGGGGUUGAGGCCGCCCCAUGGCAAAACCAGCGGUCCCGGAGACGACGGCGCAUGGAGAACUUCCGUAAGGUGCGCUCCGAGGAGGCGCCAGCGGGGGGCGGGGCCGAGGAGGGCGGCCCGGGCUCUGGCCCCUUCGCAGACCUGGCGCCGGGCGCGGUGCACAUGCGGGUCAAGGAAGGCAGCAAGAUCCGGAACCUGAUGGCCUUCGCCACCGCCAGCAUGGCGCAGCCAGCCACGCGCGCCAUCGUCUUCAGCGGCUGCGGCCGGGCCACCACCAAAACCGUCACGUGCGCGGAGAUCCUCAAGCGCCGCCUGGCGGGCCUGCACCAGGUCACGCGGCUGCGCUACCGGAGCGUGCGCGAGGUGUGGCAGAGCCUCCCGCCUGGGCCCACGCAGGGUCAGACCCCUGGCGAGCCGGUCGCUAGUCUCAGCGUACUUAAGAACGUGCCCAGCCUCGCCAUCCUACUUUCCAAGGACGCACUGGAUCCGCGACAGCCCGGCUACCAGCCCCCGAAUCCCGAUCCUGGUCCGUCGUCCCCGCCAGCCGCGCCAACGUCCAAGAGGAGCCUAGGGGAACCCGCAGCUGGAGAAGGCUCCGCGAAGCGAUCGCAACCCGAGCCAGGGGCUGCGGACGAGGAUCGGACGGCCUAGAACUCCAGACUGUGGGCAGGAUCUUCUGCCAGCGCCUCCACCUUCAAAUGUACCUCCAGCCUUUCACUCCUUGGUCCUCCGGAGCCCACAACCUGGACACAGCUCCUCAAGACAGGUAGCAUGGAUCUUAAGUCGACAAGAGAGGGGCCCCAGAAUUGGCAGGAGAGGAUCCCCGACGACCUUAGGGAAACUUCGUGCGAUGAUUGCUGCUUAUGCCCGUGUUGCCUGAAGACACGGAAUUUCACCUUCACCUUUUCUGGGACCUUCUUUGGGGGAGAAUGGUGGACAGUGGGAUUCUGGAAACUUGAUUGGGACCCCCAAGGGUUAAAGCCACCCAGCAUUCACGAAGGGCACCUGGAGUGUGGAAGCCGAGAAGAGUUAUUGGAAUCACCCCCACCGUUGACAGAGAAGGCAGGGGGUGAGACUUGACUGCUUGAGGGUAGGAGAGUCUGAGAUGUGGAGGCCCUAUUCCGCUCCCCGCCCUGGGACAGUUUUCCUUUCUAGUUUUCCUUCCCCUGCUUCAGAGGAGCAUCUCUGAGGGUUGUAGCUCUUUUAACACCCCUUUUCCCCCUGCUGGCCCAGAGGGAGACCCAGGACUGAACUCUCCAGGCCUCCUCCCCUGAGCCUUGCAACUGGAGUCUUGCUUCCAAUAAAACAAGCACAAAAAUGGCUCUGUCCCCAAAUUUUUUUCUAACCACCCGCCUGUGCAGAGACAGCUCUGGCCUGGCCCUUUGUGUCUCCCCUCCCCUCCAGCCUUGCGUCCUGAGCCUUUGGAGUCUUCAGGGUCAGGCAUAGAGACUGGACAGCUUCAAAAUGGUGCAAGGCACUUCCCAGUCCCUGGCUGUUUCCUCUCUCCUCCCCUACUCCGCCCUCCCGGGCUGGCCCUGGCCUCAGGGGCUGUGGCCAAUGGGGGCCCAUGCUUCCCUGUACAUCGCCACUAAGGGAAAGGGAGUGGCACAUUGCUUUUCUGGGAGGGAAAGGAAGGAGUGGAAGGAGAGCAUGGAUGAAGUCUCCUGGAGGUCACUGCAAAGGGUGGCAGACCCUGCUGAGGUCCCUGAACCUGCAGCCUCCAGACAAUAAACUGAACCUUACCCAGAAGGCUGGCACAAAGCCCCCAGCUCCGUGAGUAGGAUCUCCCCUUCACUGCCUUCUCUCUGAGAAAGGACAGCACACCCUUGGGAAAGGGGGAGGAGAGAGACUGAGCACAAAUCCACUGCUGGAAAUUACUAUUCAGCAGAGAAGCUGGGACUUGGGCUGUGAAUCACUGCAGGCCUCCUGAUAAGCUACUGCCUCCAGCCCUGCACAGCUGUCUGUUGAGAGAUAACAGCCUCAUAAGCUUCUCUGCCCAACUCUAAGCCAGCUGGGGGGUGGGGGUGGUGCUGUGUGCUGGAAGAGCUCUGGUGAGUUGGGGGUGGCAUACAGCCCCAGGAUCUCAGAAGCAGAUCUCAUCCCAUGCAACUCAGCAGCACCCCUGGAAAGGGGGAAAUGCAGAAGAAUAUAUUUAUAAGUCAUUUUGCUGGCAGAACCCUGAAAUAAAUCCUGCUGGUGACAAGAGA